UUGGCUACUGAGUAGAUACGGGAACAGAACAGUAACAUACAGCAACAUGGGGCAGUACAGUGGCUCUAUGGGUGUAACGUUGUUGUGGAUUCUGCUGUGGAUAUCUAGAUCCGGUCAGGGACUCUCAGCUGAACAAUUGUCAAAGAAGAUAUUUUUCCUUGCCGAGACCAAUAACAGAGUCACUCUCCAAGUUUCCCCUGCAGUUCCGAAAGGGACAGCGCACCAAUGGAUGUGGACCUCACAUGACGGCAGACACUCAAACACUUCAGUAGCCCGAAUCACUUCCUCCAUGAGUAGAAAACCUGAUUGGAACACACAGGCUCCUUUCUCACAAGGAACAGGAUAUGACCUGUCUAUGCAAACAAAACAUGAAAAUGCUGGAGAGUUUGUGCUCAUGCAAACCAAACCAGCUUCAGCAGUUCUGGCGAGAUUUGAGGUGUUUAGUUUUGUGUUUAAAGUGACACCAACCUAUAAUGGUAAUAAAGUGUAUCUGGGAUCUGAUGUGAGUGUGCGUUGCGAGGUGUCCCACAUACCAGAUGGGGCCACACUGCAGUGGGAAAGACAUGGAGAUUCCACAUCUAACACCACGCUGUUCUACAACAAAACAGCCCAUAUGAUCAUCCACACUGUCGAUCAGAAUUACCAGGGGAGAUCUAACUGCAAUUUCAGACUGAAUGGAGAAUUGUUGUUUACAGUUUAUACUACACUGAAUGUGCAAACAGGCACAUUUAGUAACCCAUUGAUACAUCUGUUUCGAGAGAGCAGCAACAGCAGUGAGGUGAAGUUGAUCUGCAGGUCAAGUCCCCCGAGUUCCUCAUACAGCAGAGCCGACUGGACCAUGAGCAGAUCAACAACAUCUGUUACUCUGACUUCAUCAGGCAAAGUCAGAAGCGACCGAUUCUCAUCUCCCUCAUUCAACGGAUAUGAUUUCCCACUGCAUGUCUCACCGGUGACAUUUGAGGAUAGAGGAGUUUUCACAUGUUUCUUUGAACACCAAAGGUUCAGCUCGGUUAAAAUCACAACCAUUCGAGUAUCUGAAUCUGGAGGGCCCCCUGGUGGCCAGCCCAUGGUGGUGAGGUGUGAGGUGUCGGAGGUGAGCCCCGACCCUCUGACCCUGGCCUGGAUGAGGAUGGAGGGGAGCAGGUGGCUGCUGGUCAAACAGGACGUCCUGACAAAGAGUCACCCUAACAGGACGCUCAGUGUGACCCUGCCCAGCCUCCGUAGCAACCAGCUGCACUGGCAGUGUGCUGUGUUCACAGAGGGCAUGCUCAGAGCGACAGCCUCCCUGACCCUCACACUCCCCACACAGACAACAAUGUCGUCAAUGACAGAUGACUGUCUGCGGACUGUGGUCAUUGUAGGCUGCAUUGCUAUGGUUGUUGCUGGGGUCCUGGUUGGUGCUCUGGUGUUCUACCUGAAGAGGAAGAAGACAGCUGUGACGAACCUACCGCUGACCCAGAAAAAUGACCCAGUCUACGAUAACGCCACAGAUCCACGAAGAGACCAAGAGAGCCAGAAGGGUCAAACAGGGGAAGAUGAGAAUGAGGAAGUUCAUUACUCUGAAUUUGCUUUGGGUGAACCCAGGCUUGGUGAUACCAACAGAGUCACAGCAAGGUCAAAUCAGGACAGUGCUGUGAUCUAUUCAACUCUCAACAUAUAAGGAAAAUUACUCAUGUUAAGUUUCAGGGAUUGUUCCACAUUUUGACAAUGACUUAAUGUGUAUUAGUUUACAGAGAAAAUUAUACCACAAUACUGAUUGGUUUUGAAAUUAUGCUAUAUGCCAGUUACCUUUCAUUUUAAACCUAUGAGAUUUGUUCAAUUAGUUUAUUAUACUGCUUUUGAUUCGUGCAUUUAAUGAUACAGUAAUAUAUGCUUACUAAGACUGCUGUGUAAAUACAGCAGCUAGCCCAAUUGGGGGGUUUACAUUUUGGUCUGAAAUAUUGAUGGCUGUAACCUACAUUGCAGCCAUGGAUGCAAAUAAUAGUUUUAUUUAAUUGUUGGCUUUCAGGCAUGUGCAUUUUGUAUGUUUCAUUCGAUAUAUGUUUAAAUAAAAAUGUUUUUCUUCUUAUUGCA